AUGAGAUGUCACAGAUAUGGAAAACCAUCAAAGAAGAAGACAGAUGAGCAAGAAGAAGAAAAACAGAUGAAUGAUGAAGCUAAGAAGAAAGGGGCAAAGAGGAAAACAAACAUACAAGUGAAAACCAACUACCCAGUGCUUAUGGAAGUGAAGAUAGAAAAUGAUAAAUGGAAGGUUGUAAGACUAGAACUCGACCACAAUCAUGAGCUCAGCCCACAGAACAGGAAUAAACUAUUCAGUGGAAGGAAAUAUAUGACAGAUAUGGAAAAAGCAAUGAUAAGGACACUGAACAACAAUAACAUACCAACAAGACAAAUGAUUGCAAUACUGUCAUAUCUAAGAGGAAAUGUCACAGCCCUACCAUAUAAGAAGAAAGAUGUGCAGAAUGAGAGAACAAAGAUAAAUAGGGAGCUAAAAGGAAAUGACAUGAACAAAGUUAUGCAGUACUUUAUGCAGAGGGCAGCAGAAGAUCAAACAUUCUUCUACAAAAUACAUGUAGAUGAAGAGAACAAAGUGAAGAACAUAUACUGGAGAGAAGGCAUAUCACAGAAAUGA